GGAGCGGCGGCGGCUCUAGCUGAGGCGGCCGUGGCAGCGGAAGGUUCUCUCUCCAGGGCUGGACUUAAUAACUUUGGAACUGUCCUCCAGUGUCACGUCCUGAACAUGAGCCUCCUCCUCUCCUUCUACCUGCUCGGGUUGCUUGUCAGUAGCGGGCAAGCUCUUCUUCAAGUGACAAUUUCACUUAGCAAAGUAGAGCUUAGUGUGGGCGAAUCUAAAUUCUUCACAUGUACAGCAAUUGGUGAACCUGAGAGUAUAGAUUGGUAUAAUCCUCAAGGAGAGAAGAUAAUUUCAACACAGAGGGUAGCAGUGCAAAAGGAAGGUGUUAGAUCACGAUUAACCAUCUACAACGCAAAUAUAGAGGAUGCAGGGAUAUAUCGUUGUCAAGCAACAGAUGCCAAAGGACAGACACAAGAAGCUACAGUUGUUUUGGAAAUUUACCAAAAACUCACUUUCAAAGAAGUGGUAUCACCUCAAGAAUUCAAACAAGGAGAGGAUGCAGAAGUGGUUUGCCGAGUUAGCAGCUCACCUGCCCCUGUUGUCAGCUGGUUGCAUCAUAAUGAGGAAGUCACCGCUAUUUCCGACAAUCGAUUUGCUAUGCUAGCCAACAAUAAUCUGCAGAUUCUCAACAUCAAUAAAAGCGAUGAAGGUAUAUACAGGUGUGAAGGAAGAGUGGAGGCUAGGGGAGAAAUUGACUUCCGUGAUAUCAUCGUUAUUGUUAAUGUGCCACCAGUGAUCACAAUGCCUCAGAAAUCCUUUAAUGCCACAGCAGAGAGAGGAGAAGAGAUGACAUUAUCCUGCAGGGCCGCUGGCUCUCCUGAGCCCUCCAUCUCCUGGUACAGGAAUGGCAAGUUCAUUGAAGAAAAUGAAAAGUACAUAUUGAAAGGAAGCAAUACAGAACUCACUGUCAGGAACAUAAUAAAUAGUGAUGGGGGUCCUUAUAUCUGCAGGGCCACAAAUAAAGCAGGAGAAGAUGAAAAGCAGGCAUUUCUCCAGGUCUUUGUACAGCCUCACAUAAUACAGCUCAAAAAUGAGACUACGUAUGAGGAUGGUCAAGUUACACUUAUAUGUGAAGCAGAAGGGGAGCCUCUUCCAGAAAUCACUUGGAAAAGAGCACUAGAUGGCAUCACAUUUUCCGAAGGCGAUAAGAGCCCAGAUGGCCGUAUCGAAGUCAAAGGGCACCAUGGAAGCUCAUCACUGCAUAUUAAAGAUGUGAAGUUGUCAGAUUCAGGGAGAUAUGACUGUGAAGCUGCGAGUAGGAUUGGAGGGCACCAAAAGAGCAUGUACCUUGAUAUUGAAUAUGCUCCAAAGUUUAUAUCAAACCAAACAAUUUAUUACUCUUGGGAAGGAAACCCGAUCAAUAUAACCUGUGAUGUGAAAUCUAAUCCACCAGCAUCAGUCCACUGGAGAAGAGAGAAAUUAGUCCUGCCAGCUAAAAACACCACUAAUUUAAAGACAUAUAGUGCAGGGAGAAAGAUGAUAUUAGAGAUAGCACCUACAUCUGAGAAUGACUUUGGACGAUAUAAUUGCACAGCCACUAACCGUAUAGGAACAAGAUUUCAAGAAUAUAUUCUUGCUUUGGCUGAUGUGCCAUCCAGUCCCUAUGGAGUGAAGAUUACAGAGCUGUCACAGACCACAGCUAAGGUUUCUUUCAACAAGCCGGACUCCCAUGGAGGUGUGCCUAUUCAUCACUAUCAAGUGGAUGUCAAAGAAGUGGCAUCAGAAACCUGGAAAAUAGUACGCUCCCAUGGAGUUCAAACAAUGGUUGUUUUGAGCAACCUGGAACCAAAUACGACUUACGAAAUCAGGGUUGCAGCAGUAAAUGGAAAAGGACAAGGGGACUACAGUAAAAUAGAAAUCUUCCAGACGUUACCAGUCCGUGAACCAAGUCCUCCAUCCAUACAUGGGCAGCCAAGCAGUGGGAAGAGCUUUAAACUCAGUAUCACCAAGCAGGAUGAUGGAGGGGCCCCUAUUUUGGAAUACAUUGUGAAGUAUAGAAGUAAAGAUAAAGAAGAUCAGUGGCUAGAGAAAAAAGUGCAGGGAAAUAAAGACCACAUUAUUUUGGAGCAUCUACAGUGGACAAUGGGGUAUGAAGUUCAAAUUACAGCUGCCAAUAGAUUGGGAUAUUCAGAACCGACAGUCUAUGAGUUCAGCAUGCCACCAAAGCCGAACAUUAUUAAAGAUACGCUUUUUAAUGGUCUUGGGCUUGGAGCAGUCAUUGGCCUGGGAGUGGCGGCACUCUUGCUAAUCCUUGUGGUAACGGACGUCAGCUGCUUCUUUAUUAGACAAUGUGGGUUAUUGAUGUGCAUCACGAGGAGAAUGUGCGGGAAGAAGAGUGGCUCUAGUGGGAAAAGUAAAGAACUCGAAGAAGGAAAAGCUGCAUACCUGAAAGAUGGAUCAAAAGAACCAAUAGUGGAGAUGAGAACAGAGGAUGAAAGAAUCACUAAUCAUGAGGAUGGGAGCCCAGUAAAUGAGCCAAAUGAAACCACACCACUAACAGAACCUGAAAAAUUGCCUUUAAAAGAAGAAAAUGGAAAAGAAGUCUUAAAUCCAGAAACUAUAGAAAUUAAGGUUUCUAACGACAUCAUACAAUCAAAAGAAGACAGCAAAGCAUAACACCAAGAUCACAGAGGCUUGAACAAUGCUACAAACAGCAUUUGGAUUGCAGUGACCCUAUGACCAAAACUAUUCCACUGACCUUAAUUUCUUGGGAAACUUCUAGCUUGGAAUAGCUUGUACACAUAUACAUAUGCUCAAAUA